GCCAUGGCCCAGCCCGCCAGGCCCCCCGCCGGCUACCCCAGCCAGAACGGUGCUGGCCAGCAGCCCUACAGCAACGGUCCUGUUCAAAAUCAGCUGAUGCAUCCAUCAGAUGGCCAGGGAUAUAGCCCUUCAGUUCCAGGAUCGUAUUCGCAUCAGACGCCAGCGAAGGUUCCUCCCCAUCAGUCUUCUAGACAGUACAACUAUAGUGGCUCUCAGAAUGUUUCUCAAUUAAACAAUUAUCAAGGACCUGGGCAGACUCUCAAUAGACCACCAGCAGCACCUUUCUCUGGGUCACCAGUACAACAGACAGGUCCUGUUCCACAAGUACUGCUGCCUGCAUUGCAAAACUCAGCUGCUAUAUCAUCUGCUGGUAGCUUUCCUCCUGGAGCUAGCCCACCAGUGCUUUCAAACUGGCAGUACAGCCAGACUCCUGUGAGUCAGCCAGUUGGGUCUCAAACAAGCCAUUUGGCUCACGUGACGGGGACAGGGUCAGCUCAGCCACCGUCAUCAUUAUCAGGAAAUACAAAUCCUCCAGGAAAUUAUCAAUAUGCUGCUUCUCCGGGAGGUCCUCCGCUUCAGAACAGCUAUAUGAAGCCAGGAUCUGCACCUCCACCAGUGACUCAGCCUUUAACUCCACUCCACCCCCCUCCAAGGCCACCUUUAGGACCUCCGCCAGUUGGUGGUCCACCUUUAAUUAGGCCAUCAACACUGACAGCAGGACCACCUAAUGCACAGUCUCUGCUAAAUUCAGCUGCAAAUCGAGAAGGCGAUGCUACGUCUGCUGCCAGUGAUGGGUCUGUGGUGCAAAACAGCUAUGAUGCAAUCGAAGGUGGUGGCCUCAUGGCAACUCCACAUCCUUCUCCAGCACCCCCAAAUCUUAAGAUGAAUAGAAGUGUUGGGUAUUCUUACCCUACCUUACCUCCAGGCUACCAAAAUACUUCUCCACCUGGAGCACCAGGAAUGCAAGCAUCUGCUUUGCAAUAUCCAGAUGGAUCAAAACAUUUCCACCAGCCUGCCCUGGGCACUAAUCACUUAACUGCAUCUAUGGGUGGCCUGAGUCUACAGCAAGAAGGAUUAAGACCUGUGAAUCUUCUUCAAGAAAGAAAUAUUCUUCCUACGACCCUCUUGAAGGCUCCUGUCCCAAACUUGCAUGAAGACAUCCAGAAGCUCAAUUGUAACCCUGAGUUGUUCCGCUGUACCCUGACUAACAUUCCUCAAACUCAGGCCUUACUGAAUAAAGCCAAACUUCCUUUGGGGCUCCUGCUUCAUCCUUUCAAAGACUUAUCGCAAUUGCCAGUGGUCACUUCAAGUACUAUUGUGAGAUGCCGUUCCUGCCGGACAUACAUUAACCCUUUUGUCAGCUUUCUAGACCAAAGGAGAUGGAAAUGCAAUUUGUGCUAUAGAGUGAAUGAUGUUCCUGAAGAAUUCAUGUAUAAUCCUGUGACAAGAGUUUAUGGAGAGCCUCAUAAAAGACCUGAAGUCCAGAAUGCUACUAUUGAGUUUAUGGCUCCAUCUGAAUACAUGCUACGUCCACCUCAACCACCUGUGUACCUCUUUGUGUUUGAUGUCUCUCAUAAUGCAAUAGAGACAGGAUACUUGAAUACAGUCUGCCAGACCUUGUUAGACAAUCUUGACUUGCUUCCUGGGAACACUAGAACAAAAAUAGGCUUCAUAACAUUUGACAGCACAAUCCAUUUCUACAGUCUUCAGGAAGGUCUCUCUCAGCCUCAGAUGCUUAUAGUUUCAGAUAUUGAAGAUGUAUUUAUACCAAUGCCAGAAAACUUACUAGUAAAUUUAAAUGAAAAUAAAGAGCUAAUUCAAGAUCUGUUGAGGACCUUGCCACAGAUGUUUACCAAAUCCCUGGAAACUCAGAGUGCUCUGGGGCCUGCGUUACAGGCUGCCUUUAAACUGAUGUCCCCCACUGGAGGAAGAAUCUCUGUCUUCCAGACACAGCUUCCGUCGGUGGGAAUGGGAGCACUAAAGUCACGAGAAGAGCCAAACCAAAGAGCAGCCGCAAAGGACAUACAUCUGACACCAUCGACUGAUUUUUACAAGAAGUUAGCCUUGGACUGCUCAGGGCAACAGGUUGCAGUGGAUUUAUUUCUUCUUAGUGGACAAUAUGCUGACUUGGCUUCUCUAGGUUGUAUAUCAAGGUAUUCUGCAGGUAGUGUCUAUUACUACCAGUCUUACCAUCAUAAACACAACCCUGUCCAGGUGGAGAAAUUGCAAAAGGAACUGAAACGAUACUUAACUAGAAAGAUUGGGUUUGAGGCUGUCAUGAGGAUAAGAUGCACCAAAGGUCUUUCCAUUCAUACUUUCCAUGGGAACUUCUUCGUACGAUCUACAGACUUGUUGUCGUUACCCAACGUAAACCCAGAUGCAGGAUACGCUGUGCAAAUGUCAGUAGAAGAGAGUCUUACUGAUAUGCAAGUUGUUUCUUUUCAGUCAGCUCUCCUGUACACAUCCAGCAAAGGUGAAAGACGAAUUCGUGUCCACACUAUGUGCUUGCCUGUUGUAACGACACUGAGCGAUGUCUACCUAGGGGCAGAUGUACAAGCCAUCACUGGGCUGUUAGCCAAUAUGGCGGUGGAUCGAUCAGUUUCUGCUACCUUGAGUGAUGCUCGGGAUGCCUUGGUCAAUGCAGUGAUAGAUUCUUUAUCUGCUUACCGUUCAUCAGUCCUAAGCAUUCAACAACCUGGUCUCAUGGCCCCCCACUCACUACGGCUCUUUCCACUUUAUGUACUGGCACUCUUAAAACAGAAAGCAUUUCAAACUGGGACGAACGCACGUUUAGAUGAACGCAUUUUUACCAUGUGUCAAGUGAAAAACCAGCCCCUUGUUUACCUCAUGCUUAUGACACAUCCCAGUCUGUACAGAGUCGAUAAUCUCACAGAUGAGGGGGCUCUUAACAUAAAUGAUAGAACUAUACCUCAGCCACCCGUUCUCCAGCUGUCAGUGGAGAAGUUGAGUAGGGAUGGUGCUUACCUUAUGGAUGCUGGCUCUGUAAUGUUUCUGUGGAUUGGGAAGAACUGUGGGCAGAGCUUUAUCAGCCAAGUCCUUGGAGUUCCAAAUUAUGGCUCAAUACCGCAGAAUAUGACACAUCUCCCAGAACUUGAAACUGCAGAAUCCAUCAGAACAAUAGCUUUCAUUUCUUGGCUGAGAGAACAGAGACCUUUCUUUCCUAUACUAUAUAUAAUAAAGGACGACAGUCCAUUGAAAUCAAGUUUUCUGCAAAAUAUGAUUGAAGACAGAACAGAAUCAGCCUUAUCAUACUAUGAAUUCCUCCUUCAUAUACAGCAGCAAGUGAAUAAAUGAAACACUAGCCUUUGGCUCACUUUAAGGAAAGAUUUUGCAGUAAAGAACGAUUGUGCUUGUAAUAUCUUCAUUAAAUCUGUGGCCUGAGGCAGUUGAUGAGAAGUUCUCACUGUGAUUUCAACGAACUAGAGCAAAUAAAGGACCACAUCUGAGAAUCAAAUGUGCAACUACAUAAUAUUGUACCUUAAAAAAAAAAAAAAAAUCAAACUGUUGGAACUGGUUGAGCACCUUUAAUUUGCUGCAAAUCAUGUUUUUACUGUAAGUAGUUGCAGCAUGAAGUACAUUUACAAAGGCAAUACUGAAAAGGUGAAAUACAUUUUGUAAAAUAAAGAGUUCUUUGUUGUUCAAAAUGUAUAUUUCUGUAACUCUUUGCAUUUUUUUUUUUUUUUUGCUGCUAGAUAUAAAACCUCACAAUACUGAUCAUGAUUUGCAGGGAAAUUCUUUCUAAGUGCAUCCAGUGAUUACAGACAGAGCAUCUCAAUGUUCAACUUAAUGCUUAAAGUAGCAAUGAAACAACUGUUCAUUGAGAAAUGAACAAAUACUUACAAAGUGUAGAAUCCAGUGCUUGGAUUGGAUUAUGUCUUAACCAAGCUUAAGGUAAGCUUAACCUGGACAAGAUGGCUGAAUUUGUUAAAGCUUUUAAUAAGUCAGUAUUCUAAUUAAAAAAUAGUGGGGACGAGCGGGCCUUAUAUGAGACACAUUUUAAAAUGUGAGUGGCUGAGUCAGCAGCAGAAGUAGACUUAGGUAGAUGGCAGGCUUUUUUUUUCUUCAGUAAAAGGAAUAGUUUUAAUUUCAGUUUAUAAAUGGUGUGGGA